CCACAUCGAUUCAGUCGAUUCAGUCAUUCUUAAGACGUUCUCGUUCUUGUUGACUCUUGAUUUUAAAAAGUUGUUUCUAUAUUUUUUCCUUGUUAAGAAGAAAAAAAAAGUUGGUCCAAAUAUAUAUUUGGAAAAAUUAAAAAGUUUUUGUUGUAUUUUAUUAGCGAGAGAUGAAGUCUCUCUAUUUUCUUGUUUUUGUGAUUGCUGUCUCAUUUGUUAUUGAUGUCGAUGCCGGAUGGAAAUUUUGGAAGAAGGACAAGGACAAAGAUGGGACAACGGAAACGCCCCUGAUAACAAGUUCCGCAUCGCCAGUGACUCAAAGACCAACCUCUAGAGGCGCAGCAACUCCAGUAGCAGCUCAAGUGACAACUGCGAAAACCCCCGUUAAUGUAAAUGCCGCUUUGGCUGGAGUCGCCAAUCCGGGAUUGUCAAUCGGAGCCGGAAAUACCGCAGAAAACAUUCGGGACAAUGCGCGACCCCAAAGACCGAAUCCUGGAACCGAGGUGGGCCUGGACAUUCCCAGACAGAAACCCGGAAAUUCGGGUUAUAGAGACUGGGCGAUUGAUUUGACUGGAGCCGGUGAGGGAAGAACACCACCACGCGUUCCGGGUCAAGGACCCGCGACUUUAGGUGGACAACUUCCUCCACCUGGUGUGAAUCCAAAGUCUGAAAUUACAACACCAAGAUCCGCUAACCAAGGUUUAGUACAAACUCCAAAACCUGCAGGUCCUGUGCAGACUCCAAGACCUGCGAGUCCAGUGCAGACUUCAAAUCCAGAAAUUUCUGGGCCAACUCCAAGACCAGGAAGUCCAGUACCACAGAGAAACUCCGCGGGUCCUGCAGGUCUUGGUUAUCCUACCGAAAAUUCCAGACCGGGAAGUCCGGCUUCUACCGGUGGAUCCAAAGACUUUCCGAGUCUACCGAACGCUGCUGGUGGACCAGUAAAUGCCGGAGGAUCACCAAGUAGAAGCCAGUCACCAACAGGUGGUAAAACAUUCGCCCAAAUUGCUUCGUCAGGAUCCACAACCACCACAACUUCCAGACCGAACUUUGGAGUUCCGGUUUAUGGAGGUGCGAAACCAGGUAACAUUCCACCGACUUCUCAACCUGGUAGAACUAGAGUCGCAACUGGACUUGUCGGUGCCGCAGCUGCUGGUGCUGCAGGAGCCGCCGCAUCAAGAUUCUCCAGUAAUCCAACAUUCAGUAAGGGAAAUACUGUCACCGAUGAAGAUUUAGAGAAAUUAUCGGAGGCUCUUUUCAUCAAGGACGCAAACAAUGCCAUGAAGUACAUUACCCUAAAUCUUCAGAAGCAGACCACUGGAAGCAGUCCUGUUGAUGAAGCUCCUCAGCCGCUUUUGAACGUGAAACCAGAAGCCCUACAGAUUCCAACAAUUCAAAAAGUUCUCACAAUCUACGACAACUACCAAUUGGACACAAGAACUAACGAGCACAUAAAUCCAUCUCAACGUCAGGAGGAAAGUCUCCUGGUGGACACAUUCCUAAGUACAAACGUCAUGUCAUUUGCCAUGCGAUUUUUAUCCAACAAAGGUUUCCUUAAACAGGAUUACUACGCCUACAAGGAUCUUCUAAGAACCAUGUGGUUCAAUCUCUAUUCUCGAGGCGAUGGAAAAAUUGGUAGCACCGGUUUUGAGCACGUUUUCAUGACUGAACUCAAACUUGGAACUGAAGUUUCCGGCUUGCACAAUUGGAUUUAUUUUAAUGCCGAGGAAUUAAAGAAGAGGGCCGACUACCUUGGUUACUUGAAGAAAAUCGAUCUAGGAGAUAAGGCGGCAGUAUUGAAAGUACACUCGAAAUUCAAUAAUAUCGAUAAGCCAGUGACGACAAUGUUUAUUGGAACAUCACCCGAAUUGGAAAUGUCACUUUAUACCGUUUGCUUCCUUGUACGACCUGAUGGUUCCUGCCCUGUUUCAUUAGGUGGCACUAAAUUCAACAUAAUUACACACAAAUUCCGUUAUCGUGGCAAAGAUCACGUGGGAUCUGCUUAUCCCGAUAUUUAAAGAGAUUUCUAAAAUUUAACUAGGAAUGAAAUUAAUUACAAUCGAGUAAUUUUUCACCUGGAUUUUCAAAUUAAUUGAAAAAUUUGAAAAAAUACUCAAAAAUGAAGUGAAAUUUACAUUUUCUUCGACUAUUUAAAAAUAUAUUUGUUUAAAAAUAUUUAUUCCUUAUUUUCUCGUCUCAUCGAAACAUUUAUUGUAUUUCUAAAUUUGUGAAAAAUAAAUUAAUUUAAUACAA